AUGUUAUCUUGUGCUAUACGAUUUGUUAUAUUUCUUGCCAUUUGUCUAGCAAUUACUCAUGCAUAUCCAUCAUCAUCAAUGCACAGAAUAAAAAUGUCAUUAGCACGCACUGCAAAAUAUCCUGCCGCUUAUGACGGACAAAAUGUUGAUUACAAUAAUCAUUUGGUAGAUGCAAAUGAUAAUGAUAUAAAUGACAGUAAUGGCUUUGCAACAUGGUUAUUUCGUUCGCGUAAAUUCUGCUGUGCACCACCAUUGUAA